UUUAGCCUGCAAAUGGAUGCCAAAACCACUCAACUCGUGCAAGACUUGGGCCCGGAAGUCCUGGCAACGCUGGGCGGCGCGCCCUCGAGCAAACUGGAGCAAAUGAAGGCCAAGCUCCAGAAGCGCCCGCCGCGCAAGAGCCGGCUCGCCGUCUUCGCGGCGCUCGACGAUGCGACAACACCACAAAUCCGCCGCGAACUGGAGGGCGGCCGCGUCGUCGCGGUGCGCUGCCGUAGAGCUGCCGCGGAGGCGCGCUGGCCGGCGAUCGCCGCGCUGUGCGCGCAACGCGUCGAGGACGACGACGUGCCGAACGACCACGUGUCGAAGGGCUCCUUCGUAGCCUUGAACGGCGACGCGUGCUACUGCGUGGGCGGCUUCCGGCGGCAGAAGGACACGCGAAACUGCGCCGCGGCGCUCGUCCAGGAGGCGCGGCGGCGCAGCGACCGGUCGGAGCGAGACUUUUACGUCGCCAGGGCCACGGCGACGUUCGGCGACGUUGAACGGAGACAGCGCAUCGACCACCUGUUUGGGAACGUGCCCGAGCGGCACCUGCUGCAGAUCGACGAGGAGGGCGCCUACGGCGCCUCCAAUGAAAUCUGCGCCGCAAAAUUCGCCAAGGCGGCGGAGAUCGACGGCGUCGCGUGUGUUGUGGAUGCGACGGCGUGCGUCGGCGGCAACAGCAUCGCCUUCGCGCGGCGGUUCCCGCGCGUUGUGAGUAUUGAGCUGAAUAUGGAGAGGUCGCGCAUGCUCGCGCACAACAUAACGCACGUGCGGCGCUUCGAGCGGCUGGGCCGCGUCGACGUCGUGCAGGGCGACUGCUUGGAGAAGCUGCCGACGCUCGACGUCGACUGGUCGUCUACCUUAGUCUUCGCGGACCCGCCCUGGGGCGGCCGCCACUACGAGGACUGCCAGGACGUCGACUCGGAACAGGGCGUCCAUUUGAAAGGUACCGGGACGCUCGACGGCUUCGUCGAGACCGUCGCGGGCCUCGGGUGCCGUCAUUUAUUGCUCAAGGUGCCGCACACCUUCGACGCGGCGCGGUUCGCGGGGAACGCGGCCGUCGCGCGCUGCGACGCGCGCGCCGUCGCCGACAAGGUGCAGCUCGUCGCGCUCGAGCUCUGUGUGCCGGCGAAGCGGCCCGCGCCGUCGGAGGCGUCUUCUUCUUCGAAGCGCAAGAAGCGUCGGAAGAAAAAGAAGCGCUCGUCGAAGGAGUCGUGA